CCGUGAUAAUUGGUAAUUCUUUUCGUUAUAAUUGAGCAGCUGUGAUAUUGUUUUAACCUGUGAUAUUAGUUUUUAGAUUUUUUACAAAACCUGUUUUUUCAUUGUUAAAUUGUUGUUUGUUACCUUUUUCUUUAAACUUUAAUUUCGAUAAUGUCCAACCAAAGUGCGCGUUCUCUGAAUUUCACGGGGGCGGAAAAGGAGAAGAUAGUCGAAAUCGGUAUGGAGUACUACGAUCUUCUCCAUUCCCCCCUGAACAAUAGUGUGACCAUGGCAGAGAAAAACCGAAUCUACCAGCUGAUGGCAGAGGAGGUCAACAAGGUUGGCCUCAACUCCAGAUCAGUGAAACAGAUUAAAAAGAAGUAUCAAGAAUUGAUACAAAACGCCACACGGAAGCAAAGGAUUAUAACAACAGAACGGAAAAGAACAGGGAACAAAAGAAUGCGAGUUAGCUUGGACCACUUGGAUGAGGAAAUAAUUAGAAAAGUUCCUCCAAUGAAAUACAUCGGCAUCUCAGGAGGUGUAGAUUCAUCAGCAGAAGGAACGCACUACUGCAACGUGUGGGAUGAAGUGCAACAAGGAGAUACACCAGAUGAGGAGGUUCAACCUACGGACACACCUGAUGAGGAAGAGGCAUCUGGCGGAGACGGAAAUGAAUCGAGUGGCUCAGAAGAUUCCUUCCAUUCCGAGUCGACAAUGACUGCACCAUUUGUUGCCUCACCUACUCCUGCUACCGUCCCAUCUGGAGAUUCCUUCCCCACAAGGAUUGUCAAUCUGUCAAUCCCUGGAAGGGCGAAUUCCCGGAUGUGGCCAACGGAGGUUGCCUCAGGGUCUGUGAGGCCAAGAAUGGAGUCAGCUACCAACCUGCAAGGUCCUCGACCUCCAAGACCGAGGAUCAUUGUCCAACAGAUUCGUCCUGGCACUCCUCAAGCGACUGCAGCCUCAGGAGGUGUGGGGCCAAGGAUGGUCGUACGCAUGGCGUCUAGGCAAGGAACCAGCCUGGAGGGUCCUCGACCUGCAGGACCAACAGCUGCCACCGCAAGUACAUCGAGCGGAAGAGUGUCAGGACGAAAUGUUGCUGGCACGAGGUCUUUACCUGCAUCGCGGCCCCUGUCAAACAUUCCACGGAACAUGAGAAGGAGGGAAAGAACAGCACGCCGAAAGGAGGAACGGGUGACUGCUAAACUAAUUGCUGAGCAGCAGGAGGAGUUGAAUAGGCUGACUGGCCUUAUUUUGGAGGAUCAAAAGGCAUUUCAUACUAAGAAGUUAGAGAACGAGGAGCGAAAGCUAAAAUUGCGAGAGAGAGAGGUUGAGAUUGCAGAGAAGAGAUUGCGACUGGAGGAGGCACGAGAGAGAAGGGCGACAGCAAACCAAUUGCUCCGCCAACAACAACUGGCAGAGUUGAGACGCCUGAAUGAGACAGUCGAUCUGACCAUUCAGACUUUCUUCGGACCUUCACUCUAAGUUUUCUUCUAAGUUCUGUGUAGUACAUAGGGUGUUCAAAAAGUUUUGCACAUUUUCGAGUUUUGAGCAAACGAAAGCAGCUACCAAUUUGCGGUUUAAGUGUGCUUAAAGUAGACACGAUUACCAAUGACACAAGACCAAGAACAAGAGAGUUGUUCUUGGUCUAGUUUCUUUG